AGCAAGGGUAAAGUCCAAGGGGCUGCGUGCCCAACAGCCUCUGUGUGUGCCCAACAGCCAGGCCAUGGAGGGAGAGCUGGAGUCACUGGAGUCAUGCCUGGAGAGGCACAUCCCACCCCAGGACCUGGCCGAGGUGAAGCGCAUCCUCUAUGGGGGUGAGACGAGAAAACUUAGCUUGCCAGCGGCUGCUCUAUCAUCUGCUCAACAGAGAGAUUUUGAACUACAGGGCUACGGAUUUGAUGCUGCUCCAGAGCAACUGAGAAGGCCGCGUAUUGUUCGAGUAGGGCUGGUGCAGAACAAAAUUCCUCUUCCCACUGACACAGCUGUGGCAGUGCAGGUGGCUGCACUGCACAGACGAAUUGAGGAGAUUGUGGAAGUAGCUGCAAUGUGUGGGGUCAACAUCAUUUGUUUCCAGGAGGCUUGGACCAUGCCCUUUGCUUUCUGUACAAGAGAGAAGCUUCCUUGGACUGAAUUUGCUGAGUCAGCAGAGGACGGGAUAACAACAAAAUUCUGUCAAGAGCUGGCAAAGAAGUACGAUAUGGUUGUGGUGUCUCCAAUCCUGGAGCGAGAUGAAAUACAUGGAGGAACUCUGUGGAAUACUGCAGUGGUCAUUUCCAACUCAGGAGCUCUCCUUGGCAAAAGUAGGAAAAAUCACAUUCCAAGAGUUGGAGAUUUUAAUGAGUCUACUUACUACAUGGAAGGAAAUACAGGACACCCAGUAUUUCAGACACAGUUUGGAACAAUUGCUGUCAAUAUCUGCUUCGGGCGCCAUCACCCCCUGAACUGGCUCAUGUACAGUUUGAAUGGAGCAGAGAUCAUCUUUAAUCCUUCAGCCACCAUUGGAACACUCAGCGAGUCCCUGUGGCCAAUCGAAGCACGAAAUGCUGCCAUAGCUAAUCACUGCUUCACGUGCCCCAUCAACAGAGUGGGAACGGAAUACUACAAGAACGCCUUUACUUCUGGGGAUGGUGGAGAAGCACACCAUGACUUGGGCCAUUUCUAUGGCUCAAGUUACGUAGCUGCACCAGAUGGCAGCAGGACCCCGGGACUCUCCCGUACUCGGGAUGGACUUCUUGUUGUAGAGAUGGAUCUGAAUCUUUGCAGACAAGUCAGUGACAAAUGGAAUUUUAAGAUGACUGGUAGAUAUGAAAUGUAUGCAGACAAGCUCGCUGAAGCAGUCCAACCUUGUUUUACACCCAACAUAAUCGGACAGUAAGAGAGAUCAGCUCAAUACAAUCAAAUGGUACAUAGCAAAUGAGAAGGUACAACUUGGCAUUGAUUUACUAUGAAUUACAAGUUGUUAUUUUCAUGUUAUUUUAAUUCUCUGCAAGUAUUAAAGUUCAAAACUAUGUGAAGUAAAAUAAUUUAAAAAUGGA